UUUUACCACAUUGCUAACUUUACACGUGUUGUAACCAGAAAUGUGAGGUUAUUCAUUUUAAUUAUAAUUUAUCAAAAUGGACGUUGUAAGCCAAAUAUUGGAAAAAUCAGCCCAAGAGGCUGAAAAAUAUAAACCCAUUACCGUUGAAAAGCAUUUAGAAUUAGAAAUUGACUUGGGAACUUUGUUAGCAGUCGAUACAAACGAAUUUGAUACGAAUUUAUUGAAAAGAAACGCGGAUGAUUAUUUUUUGAAACUGACCAGAGAUAAUACACAACUUUUAAUAAAUCAAUUAUGGGAAUUACCAACAGAAAAGGUUGAUGAAGCUAUUAUGGUUCGAUUACCAACCCCCAAAACGCUUUUACCUAGAAUGAAACCCGUUCCCAGACCAAGACCGUUAACUAAAUGGCAAAAGUUUGCAAACGAAAAAGGUAUACAAAAGAAGAAAAAGUCGAAAUUGUCAUGGGACGAACAACUACAGAAAUGGAUACCGAUGUAUGGGUUUAAAAGGGCCAAAGCGGACAGUACGAAGAAUUGGGUGCUUGAAGUACCACAGAACGUUGAUCCGUAUGAAGAUCAGUUUGCAAAGAAAACUGUGGCCAAGUCUGAGAAUGUCGCAAAGAAUGAAUUGCAAAGAUUAAGAAAUAUUGCGAAAGCAAAGAAGGUUAAAGUACCUAGAGCGGGUGUAACAAAUCCUGAAGUUUCAUCAGCUAAAGAUUUACAAGCUGCCGUCACUGUAGCCAAGGCUUCAACGGCCAGUUUAGGCAAGUUUCAGGAUAAUUUGCCUAAAGAGAAAAAAGCCAAGGGUGUAGCGCCUAUAACACCAGGUGUGUCGCGGAAAAGAAAAUUGCCACCAGCCUCAGGGGAACAUGAGAAAAAGGAAAAUUUAAAUAUAGUAGAUUCAAUUUUGAACAAGAGACCGAAACUGGACAUAGAAAAGGCCAUUUCAAAGCAAAUUCAACACACAAGUGAAAACAGCAGUAGUAGUUCUAAAGGUAUCGGUCAAAGACUUCAAUCGAGGGAAAAACAAAACAGGAGUAAACUAGCCAAGAAACCGAAGAGCGGGAAUGGAAUAAGAAAGGGCGGUAAAAAAGGUGCUGGUGGAAGAAAAAGGCGUUAACAAAACUAAUAAACGAUUAAAUACACUUACCCCAUCAAUAUUAAUCGUGUAGGCAGAAUCUUUAACAGCCUUCCUCAAAAUUUGCAACAUAUAUUUGAAGAACCCAUUUCGGUUCUUUUUCACUACAGGGUCGAGUGUAUUGAUUUCGACAAGUUUCCCAAUCCAUUUUCUGCAUAUUUGCUUAUCUAAAAUAUCAUAGAAAAUAAAUCCUUGUACAUAAAACGCAAACAUUUAGUGUUAAGGUAAUUUAGUAUUGGUUUUCAUAUAAUCUGUAUAAUUUUUUGGGUUUAUUUUUUCCAAAUUCAGACAUAUUUUUUUUUGUUUUUGUGCCAAUACUGAUAUAGGUGUACAGUUUAGCGAUAAAACAUGAUGGUAUUUACAUAAAAUAUUUUUGUAAAAACUUGUGAUAGCUAUUUCCAAAAAAAUCAUGGUAAAAACUAUUUUUUUUACGCGUAAAAUACUAUUUGUUACACGCAAAAAAAUUUGAUGUGUAAAAAACUAUUUUUUAAGUGUUAAAAACUGUUUGUUACAUGUAAAGAACUAUUUUUUUACGCGUAAUAAAAUAUUUUACUUUUACAACAUUUCAAACUACACUUUUCCAAACAUGUUUAAUUUAAUAGCUGUUAGUAAGAAGUUUCUCUUUUCGAACUUUUUUUUAUGGGAAACAUGUUUUUCCAUCAGAUUGAAAAAUGAACUUUGUAGAUUAUUCAAAUUGUGUCUGGAUAGUUCACUGAAACCAAAAAGUUUCAUUAAACAACUGUUACUAAACAAUUCAAAAAUAUUUUAUGUGAAACUAUAAUGUCAAUAACAGCACUAUAUAGAGAAUAGUUCCAAAAUAAAGCACUACUUUAUUUUUCUAGAACUAGAUUUGUGCAGAAUUAAUAUUCAGUUACAGCUUUAUAUUGUUAGAAUAUAAAGAUUUGUGACUUGUUUCUUUCUUGUCAAUAUAUUAAAUUCAAAA